GUCGGUACCGUUCAGUGCAAGCGACUCCUGGAAGUGGCCGAUGGAUGUGACUAAUUAUUUUCCAUUCCAGCUAAGACAGAAACCUUAAGUUCUUUGUGUCUCCUCUGGUCUCGGUUGUUGUCUCCUCUGCGAGCUGUCCGGUGAAACAAAAAAAAAACCUCCCAGCUGGACAGAGAUGAGCAGUCCCGAUGCGGGUUACGCCAGCGACGAUCAGACCCAGGCAAGGUGUACGAUGUCAGUCAUGAUGCCUGGAAUGGGACACUGCCAGUGGGCCGACCCUCUCAGUCCUCUUGGGGACACCAAAGUGAAAAACGAGCCGUGCGCCUCCAGCUCCGGGAGCCAGAAUCGCGGGAAGAGCGAACCGCGGAUCCGACGGCCCAUGAACGCGUUCAUGGUUUGGGCGAAGGAUGAGCGCAAGAGACUGGCGCAGCAAAACCCGGACCUGCACAACGCGGAGCUGAGCAAAAUGCUGGGGAAAUCAUGGAAAGCCCUUCCUGUCACAGAAAAGCAGCCCUUUGUGGAGGAGGCAGAGCGGCUGCGAGUUCAGCACAUGCAGGAUCACCCCAACUAUAAGUACAGGCCACGGCGGCGGAAGCAGGUGAAGAGGAUUAAGAGGCUGGACUCUGGCUUUCUAGUCCACGGCGUGUCCGAUCACCAGGCCCAGUCGAUGGCCGGGGACGGCAGGGUGUGCGUGGAGAGUCUGGGCUUGGGCUACCAUGAGCACGGCUUCCAGCUUCCUCCACAGCCGCUCAGCCACUACAGAGAUGCUCAGGCUCUCGGAGGCCCCUCUUAUGAAACCUACAGCCUCCCCACGCCUGACACCUCUCCUCUGGACGCUGUAGAGUCAGACUCCAUGUUCUUCCCUCCACAUUCACAAGAGGACUGCCACAUGAUGCCUGCGUACGCUUACCACUCCCAAGCGGCAGAGUACCAGCCCCAAGACCCCCUCUCCAACCAUCACAGCAACUCCAUCCUGCACCGACACCCUGCCUCAGCUCCAGAGCAGCCCCCUCAGUCCGCCACCCUUCCCCCUUCCUACGUGGGAUGCCCCAACCCUCUGGCCAUGUAUUACACCCAACACUGCAGCCCCAGCCACCCCAAGAGGCAUCCUGGCGGGGCAGGACAGCUCUCCCCCCCUCCUGACUCCCACCCUCAUUCAGCAGACAGCGUGGAGCAGAUGAACCACUCUGAGCUGCUGGCCGAGGUGGACCGCAGCGAGUUUGAGCAGUAUUUGAGUUCCUCUUCGGUGCGUGCGGACAUGACAGGCUUGCCAUACGGGCCACACGAGCCUGGCAUGCAAGGACCUGAAAGCCUCAUAUCAUCGGUGCUGUCAGACGCCAGCACAGCUGUGUAUUACUGUAGCUAUAACAACUCCUAACCUCCUGAACCGGCCUGUUACCCCUGCUGCAAGGACACAUGAUCUGACCUCAAAUCUCUGUAGCUAAAUUUGAACGGAAAAAAAUGUUGUUGUUGUUUUUUUUUAUUUUUUUUAUUUUUUUUAAAUUAGCUUUUUUCACUACUGGCACAGAAGGUCCAUGAGAUUUUCAGAUGACGUUUGGAGAAGACUGUUGUACUGUAUCUGUCUGAGAUAAAGAAUAUUUGAACAUGAACACUGGUUUUCUUCCACCCUCGCGGGGACAUGAAUUCAUUUUGUGAUAAUAAAUAUUGUACAGUCACUAUUUUAAAAGUUUAUGUAUAUACUGAAGGUGUUUUUUUAUACUUUUUUUUUUGCACUUUUGAGAAAUAAAUUUUUGCAAAUAGA